AUGUUGAGACUUUCCCGAGUACAGCGACUAAGUGCCGUCAUUGGGAUAUCAUUCUGUUUCUUUGUCGCUGAAAUUUCCAUCGGCUUCUAUACACACUCACUCGCCCUCGUGGCAGAUGCGUUUCACUACCUCAAUGAUCUCGUAGGCUUCAUCAUCGCUCUUGUCGCAGCCAUCACACUCGUAUUCACCUAUUUAUCCAAGGUCGCCAAGCGCACAGACGCUCCCCAAGCCCUCACGUUUGGCUGGCAGCGUAUUCAACUGCUCGGCGCCUUUUUCAACGGAGUCCUGCUCUUCGGAUUAGGGCUCAGUGUGUUUUUGCAGUCCAUCGAGCGGUUUAUUGACAUGAAAGAGAUCGAAAAUCCAAAGCUAGUCUUGAUUGUGGGGUGUGUUGGGUUUACCUUGAACCUUGUCAGCGUGGUCUUUUUACAUGCCAUACCCAUAGUCAUGCUCAUAGUCAUGAUGACACCCAAAAGACCGAAAAAACUCACUGUCACGAUCACCAAGACCAUCACAGCACCAUCACCAACCAACAAAGCGGCAAGCAGUCGUCCCCUAUCACACCCUCAACGGCCUCAAAAGCAAGUCCAAACACCCCCAAUCUCUCCCCCAACCCUCUUUGCCAUCCCGACGUCGCCAGUCCACAUCCACCACAGACACCACGUCAACGCCAAGACGCUCAAGUCCAAGCCGCAUCGUGAUCUCGCCAUGAUAGGUGUCUUGAUCCAUGUCAUGGGCGACUGCGCAAACAAUCUGGGCGUGAUAAUCGCAGCGGCGGUAAUUUGGUUCGCUCAUUACGGGGGCCGGUUCUAUGCGGAUCCGGCCGUGAGUAUGGGGAUCGCGAUUAUGAUUCUGGCAUCGUCGAUUCCAUUAAGUCUUGCCAUCGGCCAAACAACCUCUCAUUUCCCCCGGAUUCGACUCCCGUCAAAGUUCGAUCCUAAUCAAGGGAUUGUCGCAGUAAGAUCCACCGGCCUCAUCCUCCUCCAAAGCGCCCCCACCGGCGUCCACCACUCCGACGUCGCCCACGACCUCCAACGACUCCCGGGCGUCCUCGCCGUCCACGAGCUUCACAUCUGGCAACUUAACCAGACCAAGUCGCUUGCGUCGGCGCAUAUUGUUCUGGACGGGAAUGCGUCCGUGGCAGUGGACUUUGAGAGCUUGGCUGUGACGAUUCGCGAGUGUUUUCAUGCGUAUGGGAUUCACUCGGUCACCUUGCAGCCGGAGAUUCAUGGGGGGAGGUCUGAUUCCGGUACGGAGGAUGCUGGACUGGAGUCUGGGUCUGGUUCUGGGCGGAGUUCGGGGGUUGAGUGGGUUGGUGGUGGUGAAGUACGGGAGCGCAUGGAGAGUGAAAAGGUGGUUAUUGGGUUUGAGGGUUGA